CUCUUCAGCCUCUUUCUACUGAUACAGAGUAGACAAGCUGCAACAUACAUCAGCUUGCAAGACCCGUGGAUCACAAUGUCCCACGCCCGGGUAGAAGAUGUCUCGGACUCCGAUCCUGACGAGAUGGAUCCCGCCGACUUUGAUCCCCGGAAUGCCGCCCAGAGCUCCCUCAUCUCUCCGGCCAACGUCCCCAUGUCCUCCUCCACCCCGCAGGCUCCACCGCAACCCCGCAGAGAUAUCCCGCGACACUACCAAUGCGUAUACCCCGUCUAUUUUGACAAGGCCCGGUCGCGCGUGGAGGGUAGGAAGGUCUCCAGGAAGCUCGCCGUCGCGAAUCCGCUGGCCAGAGACAUCCUCGAUGCCGUGCAGCUGCUAGGGCUCGAGGCCGGCUUCGAACCCGACAAAAUACACCCAAAGGAUUGGGCGAACCCGGGCCGCGUCCGCGUGCACCUGAAGCGCGAGGAUGGCCAACCAGUUAACGAGAAGGUGAAAAACAAGCAUCAUCUAUAUAUCUUCAUCGCAAACUACCUCCAAGUCAACCCCACCACCGAAAAGUCACCGUACCGCCUUCGCAUCCGUGGCCUUCCAACCCCCGAGAAGCCGCUCCCCCCGCCGUCUGCGCCGCGAGGCUGGAAGAUGGGGACUAUCCUGCCCUUUCACUCCCCGGCCUACAGCGGUGGCGGCGUGACCGACAACCCGUUUAAGGAGGCGAUGAUGGAGAUGCAGGCGCAACAGGGGAUAGCACCAAAUGGAGGUGAGGCGAAGAAGAAGAAAGAAAAGAAGAAGACGAGGGCGUGAGGUGCGUUGAAGAAUAUAAAAGUAAAACAAUAACAUAUAUAAAGUUGGGAGCAUGCAUCCGGCGUUCUAAAGAAAAAAAAAAAAAGGCGAACUACUCGGGCUUGCUUUGUGCGAUUUGGGCUGUUAGUUUUCCUAUAACAGGGAUAUCCUGUUUGUGUUUAGCAAAGUGCAGGCUUGAAUGGCACCUAUAAUUAUACACUG